CUGAAUUGAGUUAUUUUCACCAUUAUAGGGAUUGAUGUGGAGGAUUUAACUCAAGUGUGAGGAAGAAGAUGGCGGCCUCACAGGUAGCCAGACUUGUCUGUUACCUGUUAUACAGGGUGCUUCUACCAGCAGUCUUGCUUGUCUGUGCGGCAGUAAGAUUCAAUGGUGUUUCCUUCCUGUAUGCAGUGUUCCUUUUACUGUGUCCACUACUCAGUGCUCCAACUCCUUCCAGUAUAAGAGGAUGUACAGGGAUAUACCUGCGUAUAGUGUUUGUAGUUGCGUUGUUGGCAGUGUUGGCACACAGCGUGUUCCACAUAACCCUCUCUGCUAUAGCUACAGAUACAGAACCUUAUGGAUCAAUGUUCCCAAAUUGUUCUUCUAAUGAGCGGCUAGCAAGGCAGAUACUUUUGGAAAGGUUGGAUAAUGUAGCAACAAUAGACAUAAUUAGACUGGUUCUCCCAGAUGCUGUGGUGUUUUUGACUGGUUUACUAACUUACAUCAUCUGCUACAAACUUUUACCAGAAGAAAAGAACCAGUCUCAAGAAUUACCAACUGCAGUGAAAACUCAAAAGCGGCGCACUGUGAACAGUGUCCUUGACUUUCUUGGAGAAUCGUUCCUUGUACUGGUUCUGGCCGCCAGUGGUGUAAUAGUGCCUAGUGUUAUUUCCUCUUUGUAUUUUCUAUCAUUUAUGUGCCUAGCUACUAUAUGGUCUCUGUACGGACAUCUUGGACGGAAGUUUAAUGUUUAUAGGAUUUUGCUACUUUUAUACAGCGCUUCUCAUAUUCUUGUUCUUCAUUUAUACCAGUUCCAGUUUUUCCAAGUAGCACUUGAUCCAGACAGUUUUAUCGCAAGGUUGCUAGGUCUCACAGCUGUUGUCAAAACAGAAUGCUCAAACGUGUCGAAAGUGUAUUUUGAUGAUGUCACACAAUGGCCAAACUUUGUUAACCCAGCCAUUCUGGUUCUCUUGUAUUAUACCCUGGCAUUUGAAGUACGAAGAUGCUGGCACGGAAGGGUAGUUGUAUUGGAUGCCAUAGAUGGUGAAGAUGCCGAGCGCAAGCGUUCCCGGCGGCGUCAGAAGAAAGCAUCAGAGCGUCAGGUAGCCACGAAUCUGGAUGAAAGCCAAAAAGAGCAUCUGGUUGAGGCGGAGGUACGAGAUUACAGCAGUAUUGAACCGGUUAAUGCAGAAAGAUCCGGUUCACCUACAAUGCUCGGCACAGAUGAUGAAGCAGACGUCAGUGAUGAGACAGAUGGACGAGACAAGAAACAAAGUGAGAAAAGAUCACCAUGGGUGUCUGCACUCGUCUUUGUCAUGGGACAGAGUUAUGUCUUGUCUCUUAUCGCCAUGAUGGCUUGGAGUAUCACGUUUCACAGUUGGUUGACAUUUGUUCUGUUACUGGCAGCCUGCUGCAUCUGGAUGUUACCAAACUCACGUCGCGUCUGCUACAUCGUAUCACCAAUCAUCCUUAUAUACGCAAUGGCUCUUCUCAUUAUACAAUUUGUUUACGGAAUGAACCUAACGGACAAUGAACUACCCAAAGAGAAGGAUGGAGUCAACUUGGAAGAAAUCGGAUUAAAGAAAUUUAAAUACCCAUGCUUACAAUUGGCCUUACAGGUUGUAUAUACUGUGAUGUUUUGGUUAACAUUAAGACAGUAUAUCAGAGAACGAAGACAGUCUAUACUGAGUGAUGAGGAGAAAUAUCAGAUGGAAGCGGUUGCCGCGGUGACACCCACCACACCUAAAUCUUUCUCUGAAAUGCUACCCAUGAAAAAGCUUGAUGGCAAAAUCGGGGAAAUUAUUGAUUUGCGCCUGGACUCCCCGGAUGGGUAUGAUAGCAAUACAAUGAUAUGGUUAGGUCAGUAUGUAUGGAAUAUGCUGUGUAAAUACUGGAUCUUGCUAUGUUCUGCCAUGUUACUGGUUAUCUCCCUUCAAGAGGUUGUGGUCUACAGGAUUAUCUACAUGAUACUCUUCCUCGCCUUCAUACUCACAUUUCAGUAUGCCUACAGAUUAUGGAGAGCAACAAUGUUCCUGUUUUGGUGGGUGAUUAUUGUGUACUCUAUGAUAGUACUCAUCAUGUUGUACACCUUCCAGUUUCAAAAUGUUGCAGAACAGUGGAAAAAUUCAACCAAACUGUCAGAUGAAACACUUGCUGACAUUGGUUUAGAGAAGUUCAGUACAGCAAAACUGUUUGUACAACUACUUACACCUACCAGUUUCCUCAUCUUUAUCAUUAUACAAGUACACUACUUCCACAAACCUUUCCUCCUUAUCAGUGACCUAAAUAGAUUCAAAAGUGCUACCAGUGAUGCCCCAACUACACCAGACCUUGUUACCUCUCCUGAUACAACCGAUACCGAAUGUGCUGAUCCAAAAGACAAAAGUAAAUCAAUGGGGAAAAAGUUUAAUGAGCAAUUUCGAAAGUGUUGGCGUUAUACCACUGACUUUUGGGAGACAUUGACCAGGUUUCUAUGGAGACUGGCAGAAAUACAUGUAUUCAAAGUUGUAGCCUUUGUUAUCAUCAUGGCGACAACACAUGAGGUAUCAGCUGUUAGUGCGGUGUAUGUGAUUUUAUUGAGCAUAUUCCUGCCACUGACAGGCUGUCAGUUUCUACUGUCACAUCUAGCUCAGUUCUGGACAGCUCUUGUACUACUAGCUAAGAUGAUCUACCAACUUGGACUGGUGGAUAACAGUAGAUGGCUGUCUAACUGUACUGCUGGUAAUAUGUCAAAUGAGGCACCAUUUAAAGGAGAGAUAGAUAAUGCUCACUGGGCUGGCAUGAUGAAAACAUCAGAUGUUUCAUAUUAUCUUAGGAACUACAUUGGUAUAUUAUUGAUCCUGGUGUUUGAACGUAUAGUGGUAUAUCAUCAGUGUCAGUACUACCGUCAUCCAGACGUCCAGAAACCCAAAACAGGCAUCAUCUUCUCUGAUAUCAAGAGGCAUGAAGCAGAUAAAGGCAUUGUGGAGUGUCUUAAAUAUUUUCUCAACUAUUUCUUCUAUAAAUUUGGCUUGGAGGUAUGUUACAUAAUGACAGCAGUGGCAAUAAGUGUACGAGUGGAUGCCAUGUCUGUUCUGUAUGCCCUCUUACUUGGUAUCUUGUUACUGCUCAGCAGACGGGCAAAUGCUCGAUUGUGGCCGAUAUACACCAUAUUCCUUGUAAUACUACUCCCUGUACAGUUCCUCUCAGCACUGGGUCUACCUCUUGGCUUCUGUUAUAGAUAUCCGUGGGAUGGUCGAUUCUGGAUGUUAAAUGACAAUCAAGGGGAGGAGCUAGAGCUCUGGUUUUAUCUCCCGGACUAUCUUAAUCCUCCAAACUCAUACAAACUAAUUGCCGACUUCUUCCAGCUUCUCUUUGUAUGUCUGCAAUGGCGGGUAUUCAGGAAAGAAAUGAGCCAGAAAGAAGAUGAAAAAGAUGGUGGCAACAAUGAAGAUAUUACCCCUGAAGUGGAAGCUAAAAUGGAGAUUCCUGUUGAUGAUUUCACCACCAAAAUAUCGUCAUAUUUGGAUGUGAUAAAGAAUUUUGUGUUUGGUUACAUGUUCUGGGUGACUCUAGCGAUCGUGUUUAUUGCCGGCACUACCCGCAUUAACUUGUUUAGUAUGGGUUACGUUAUAGCUGUCUUCUGCUUUAUGUGGUUUGGCCAGGAGUUUCUCAUCAAACCUCUACGAAAACUUGUCAGGGCGUGGAAUUUCCUCUUGGGGUACUGUUUCUUUGUGUUGCUGUUGAAGGCAGCUUUACAGCUGCCAGGAUGUGUUUACAAUAAAACCAUAUCUGACAAUGCUUGUUGGUUGGUACAGUUGUUAGGGGUUACCUGUUUGAGACCAGGAUAUAUGCCAGUUAUAGGUAUAAAGUGUAUCAUAGGGAAGGACAACACAGGACUGGCAUGGGACGUUGUUUGCUUUACAUUCUUGUUGUUCCAAAGGAGGAUAUAUACCAGUCAUUAUUUCCGGCAUGUGGUGUCUGAUAUCGAGGCUCAAAACAGAUUAGCAUCAAGAGGGUGUCAGUUGAUCAAUCGUAUACUGAUGAAGGAAGUGGCGAAGCAGAAGGAGGAGGAGAAGACAAUUCUAGAGAAAAUCAAGAAAAAGAUGAGCUCAUUGAAAGAGAAACAGUCACAACUGAAGAAGAACUAUGUUGAACCGGUUGAACAUUUUCAAGCAAUAAGAUCUGGAGACUACUACCUGUUUGAGGAGUCGGAAGAUGAAGAUGUGGAAGAAGAAGAUGAACUUACCACACUAACUUAUGGUCAAGAUAAAGAUGAGGAUGGAGAGAAUGCUGAUCCAAUGAAGUUGAUAACAACAGCUAUGACAUCAGGGACAGAUGAAGCUGUUAAACAGCAUGAAGAAGGAGAUGAGGCAGAAGGAGGAGAGGAUCAAGUCUCCAUUUGUGAAGAGGAGAAGAAAGAGGGUGUACUUGAGAAGAUAAAGAAUGUUUUGAGGUUUAUUGUGGCAUUUUUGACAAGUUGUGCAAACUGGUUCACAGCUUUAUUCAAUAGAAUAUCUCGUAACUAUAGACUGGUCGCUGCUAAAAUGAAAGAUGAUCACAUUCGUGUCAAACAACAAAUUCAGAUGGAGCACAAGAAUUUAAUAGAAGAUGUAGAGCUGCAGGAGACAAAGGCAGAAGAAGGUGCAACAGGCACUGACACAGGUGGUGCUGGAGAUGAAGAGAUAGUGGUUGUAACAACAGAACCUGUCCAACAAGGUGCUAUAGUACCUCAGAAAAGUGAACUCAGUUUAUCUGGCAUUGACCUUGACAAGUUUGAUGAAACUGAGGAAGAAUUUGAGAAAAAUCAGCCGUGUAUAUAUCGACUGAUUGUUGCCACAUACUUUGCUAUUAUUGCAAGAUCUGAAGUAGUGUGUUAUUUCCUGAUGAUUUUGAACCACAUCUUAUCUGCCAGUAUCCUGUCCCUCCCUCUACCAAUGUUUGUCUUCCUGUGGGGUAUGCUGUCUGUCCCUAGACCUACAAAGAUGUUUUGGAUUACUGUAAUCACAUAUACCGAGGCUGUGAUUGUGGUAAAGUACCUGUUUCAAUUUGGAUUUUUCCCGUGGAACAUGAAAGUUGCACAAACAGAUCCAUUCUGGCCACCAAAUAUUAUAGGUAUACAACAAAAAGACAACUUUGCUGUCAUGGACCUCAUAUUAUUGUUAGCCUUGUUCAUCCAUAGAACCAUUCUAAAGAGAUAUGGAUUAUGGAGAGAUGAAGCGGAAGAUUCUCAAUCAACUAAGUCAAGUUCAAAAGCUUCCAUAGAAGAGUCAGGAAAGGAAGAAGAUGAGACAAAGGAAGAAAAUGUAACUGAGACCAGUGCUGCCCUAGAAUCACAGGAGGUAGAACAAAGUACAGAGAAAAAAUCCACGCCCCUCAAGAGUGUGUUCAGUCCAUUCACGAACUUCUACAAGCAACUAACCUGCCCAGAUUACAGUGCUACCACUGAUGUAUAUGCCCCAAUGUUUGUCUGUGACUUUAUCAACUUUCUCAUCAUAGUGUUUGGUUACCAAGCGUUUGGACCAUCACAAACAGCUGGAGGUGAUGUCACAUCCUAUAUAUCAGAUAACAGGAUUCCUGUUCCAUUCUUGAUCAUGCUGUUAGCUCAGUUUAUACUGAUCAUUAUUGACCGGGCCCUCUACCUGCGGAAGAAUGUUCUCGGAAAGUUCAUUUUCCAGAUCCUGCUCGUCGUACUUCUCCAUAUCUGGAUGUUCUUCAUACUACCUUACUCUACUAACAAGCCUUUCUUCAGUAACAGACCAGCACAGUUAUGGUACUUUAUUAAGUGUGUCUAUUUUGCCUUGUCUGCAUAUCAGAUCAGGUCGGCGUACCCUACUAGAAUUCUGGGCAAUUUCCUCACCAAGAAAUACAACUAUAUUAAUCUAUUCCUCUUUAAAGGAUUUUUGGCAAUACCAUUCCUGCUUGAGUUACGUACAUUGAUGGACUGGAUGUGGACAAACACGACAAUGGCAAUUGGUAGCUGGUUGCAAAUGGAAGACAUUUAUGCUAAUAUCUACAUACUCAAAUGUUACAGGGUUAUUGAGAAGACAUACCCAACACCAAGAGCUAUACCAAAGAAGGCAUUAAUCAAGUAUGGUGUGGGCGGACUAUUGUUGUUUAUCAUCAUCUUCAUCAUCUGGUUCCCACUUGUUAUAUUCUCAUUUGCUAACACGGUCUAUGUGCCACACCCUCCUACAGAGUGCACUGUCAGUGUUGCUCUAGCUGGGUAUCAGCCAAUCUUUACUGUAUCUGGACAGCAACAGGAUAUAUACCAUUACAGUGAAGGUGAAUUUACAAGUCUAAAGUCCCUCUUUGAUACUGAUCCAGUGGCAACAUCCUUCUUAAGUAACUAUGAAGCUGAAGAUGUUACCAAGAUAACUCUGGAUGGAAAAUCAACAUCAGUGUGGACAAUCAGUCCUCCAAGUCUAAGAAACCUUAUACGUGAUCUAACUAGUCCUACAACAAAAGUUAACUUAGACUUCCUUGUCACUUUCACAAGGCCACCAAACACUCAGGCUGGGGAAACAUUGACAAUACAGUACCGGACAGAAUUAUCAAAGGAUGAGAAGACCUUGACAGCUGAAAUGAUCAACAAAAAUAUUACAAAUUUUGUUAAGAUAGCGAAGACUUUUCCGGAGUAUAUAAGAUUGGCAAAUAAGGCAGCUACAGAAAUAAAACCACUUCUUGGUACACCUCCAAAGAAUGGCUAUACUGAUGUUGAUAUAUUUCUGGAAUCUACAAGUGGUAAUUCCAGUCAGGAGGCAUCAUGGUGGAUUAUUAAAGACUUGGGUCCUGGCCAUAAGGACAAUAAACUUACCUUUAUAACGUUCAACGAGCGUGUAGCACCGGCUGGAAUUUCAGCCAUCACAGGUUACGGUAUCAUUGGUUUAUAUAUAUCGCUGGUGUUGGUGGUAGGCCGGUUAGUGCGCGUUUUCUUCACGGGCGGUUCCCAGGAGAUCAUGUUUCAGGAAAUACCGGACGUAGAUCGUAUAUUACACUUGUGUUUGAAUCUCUAUUUAGCGAGAGAAUGUGGCGAAUAUUACCUGGAAGAACAACUGUUCUCUAAAUUACUAUUUUUAUAUAGAUCAACAGAAACUAUGAUAAGAUUUACAAAAUCGAAACAGGAAUGACAAGUGAUAGAGAUGUGAAGAAUAAGGAUUUUCAGGAUUUGAAAAAUCGACCAAAUCUAUUAAACAUGUCGUACAUGUAUUUACUUCAGACAUGAUAAAUGACUGAAAGUAAUAUCAGUAACAGAUAACAUUCCAGACUCACAUAUAUCUGUUUGGCUAAACCCCUAACAACAAAACUGUUGAAAACAGGUGCCUUACCCGAAAACCACUUUAACCAGUGAUUAAGAAAUCAUGACUUAUGUGUAAAAGUUUGCAUGUAAACAUGUAUUUAUACCAUGCCAGUAGCAUAUCUCUGUGUUAUGUUGUAUUAUGUUGUAUCAUUUAAUUUUAUUUUUUCAUUUUUUUAAAUUUUUUUUUUGAAUCCCGUCAAGGAAUGAAUGGCUGCUCCAUUUUAGGGUAUUUGCACAUUCUGUAAAUCAGCUUGUUCCCUGUGAAUAAGGGAAGAUUUUGAUGUCCUUCUUGUUAAGAUAGUCAAAAGCUGCGCUUUAUUAUGACAUUCACACUUGAAAUGGUUACGGCUCAUAAUUUUAUAAUUAUUAAACAUAAUUCAUUCAUGUACUACUGUAAAAGUGGCUUUUGGCAUUAUGGUUACAUAACAUAUUCUUGUACUAAUCUUGAAAUAGCUUUUUGCAUUAUGGUCUCUUCUUAUAAAGACAGUAGAAUAAAAAUGGCUUUUGACCUGAUGGUUAUGUAUUGGUCAUUUCAAGCUUUUGACCCCUCCUCAGCAAUCACAUAGAAACACCCAAACAGAGAGUAGUGGGGACUUAAACUUUGUGAAAAAAUCUGUCCAGUGUGUGGACAAUAAUUUCUGGUAAAAUCCCAGAUGGUUCUCUUGAGCUAGCCAGAGUUAUUUUAGUGCAAAACAUCCUCUACAUUGACUGACAUUAAAAGUAAAACCACUGCUCAUUUUCUAAUAUAAACCCUGCAAUGAUGGGAGGUUCUGAUUUGCAUUUAUACUCAUAAACUAUGAAUUAGACUUUCAAGUAAUGGCUUUUGUCUAUCUGUGCGUGCUUCAUAGAAAUUAUUGUUUCAGGGUUUUUAGGUUAGUGACCCUGUCCCUUAACAAGUGAAAACUAAGGUAUGCAGUAGUAAACAUUACAAGAAACAACCCUGAUAGUUGAAUCGUAUUAUUAUUUGAUUAAAAUGAGUCUAAGGUGAUGGGUAUUUAUUAUAACAACUUCUGAUUUUGGUUUUAGUUAUAAAUUUUGUUGCCGUUUUCUUUUUCUGAGAUCUGGACAAUUAGGAACUUUUUAUAAUACAUCCACUGUCCAUCGACCUGUUGAUUUUUGGUGCAUUUGUGUUGUAAUGUAUAAUUGUGUCUAAAUGCUUUGGACUUAGUGCAAUAUUUUUGUGUGUAAUUGUUGUGAAGUUUAUGUGAAGUUUUCUUUUAUCAUAUCUUUAUAUACUCACAUAUAGUAACUAGUCCCUGUUGAUUUUAUAACUGUUCUGAAUCCAAUUUUUUCUAUUAUAGAGCACAUAGGGUAAAAUUUUGUAAGGUGUUGGUGCUUUUAAUAGAAUUAUGAAUUUCUUAUUUAAUUUUCAUCUGAUUGACUUUUAAUGUAGUGAUAUGUCUGUAAUGUGUAAUUUCUGUUUAAAAAGCUCUGAUUCAUAAUUAAGUUAAAUGAAAAUUAAAGGAAGUUAGUCGCUAUUUGCCACUUUACCAGUAUAAUUUCAAUUUUGUCAGCAAAACAAAUAACCAAGGAAGUAAUGCAAUGAUAAAAGAAAACAGUGGCCAGCUUAUUUGCUUAAAUAUAUUAAUAAAGAAAAUCUGCAAUGAAAUUAUCUUAAAUUCUCCAAUAUUGAUAUUUUUUUUUAUCCAAAUUGCUUUAGAUAAAUUGCAUGAGGAAACCUUUGGUAUUUAUCUUGAGAAAAAUAUAAACUAUUAAAAAUGUGUAACAUAUAUAUCCAUGUACAUGUUAGUACUCUACUUGUGUGUAAUGAUUAUAUCUCAAGGUGUUGUAUUUUAUAGAAAAUAUUGUAUGUUUAUACGUAUUUUAUAUAAAAAUGUUUGUUUCACAUUGCAGAGUAUUCAUCCAUCCCACUGCCCCUUUAUGUUUAGUUCAGCAGUAUGAACUACAUGGGUAUAAACUAACUAUUUAGUUCAGCAGGAGAUAUUUAGACUAGGAUGGUAAUUAUUCACCAAUAAUAAAAUUAACGUUGAAAUAAUGUCUUGUUUUGAAUCAACUUUUAGAACUUGCAUCAAAUGUAGAUGAUUUUCACCCCUGUUCCCUCACAAACAGCAUAUGCCAAUGUUAGAAUUAAGGCAUGGUUUAAAUGGUACAUAAACUUAAUACUAAAUUUUAACAAGAUUAGCAACAUUUGAUAUAUUGUAACAUUCUUUUAGUUAUUUUAUAUAAAAUUUCAGACAUCAUUUUGGUGGAUUUUCACGAAAUUAAGUUCAAAGCAAAAAUGUUUUGAUAUACUCAGCAGGAAUAACUUAAAUAGUGCUUUUAAUGUUUUUUCCUUUGUAAUUUAUAAAACUUGGAAUGUUCAUGGUAUUUGCCACAACCUUAAUAAUGGCAUGUUAAAAUAUAUACUAUACAUAUGAGAUUCUGUUAGUCCAAUCAAAUACAUCUUAAAAGUCGAUGUGUUUUUGCAAAAUUAAUGCCAUUUAUAACUUUUAGAACAGAAAAAUUGGUGAAGAACUAAGAGCCAUCAUAGCUGUCACAUCUAACGACAGCAUUUCUGUCUAUUUAACCUGUAUGUAUACCACUGUGCUCAAUUAUAAUUCCAUAAUGUAAAUGCUUAUAAGUUUAUCUUGCCAUUGUGUGUAAUAAUAUGUAGGUAGUUAUGUUUAUAAAGUAAUAAAUAUUCUGCUUCAACAAAA